AUGGGCUUGUCACCAACCAUCGCUCGUCCAUUGCAGCUGAUCACUCGCUUCUUGCAGUGGUCCAGUGCUGUCAUCGUCAUGGGCCUGACUUCAUACUUCAUCCACCGUGGUCCCCGUGGCCAGCACACCAUCUAUCAGGAAGUCAUCUCUACCAUCUCGGUGGUCUUCUUCCUUCCAGCUUUCGUUUCGCCGUUCUUCCCCUCUUCGCUCAGCAGACUCGUGCUCGCCAUCGACGUCGUAUUCUCCUACCUCUGGUUGACUGCCUUCAUCUUUGCCGCACAAGACUAUGAUAGAGGCAACUGCCGCGAAGCUAUCCCCGCAGGCCUUGACUGCAAGCGCAAGAACGCCAAUGAAGCUUUCAUCUUCCUAGCUUUCAUCUUCACCUUCUUUGGCAUGAUCAUUGAAGUCGUCGCCCUCUGGUACUAUCGCAAUGAGAACAGCACUUCCAACCGCUCGGCCACUGAGGAUAAGGUCAAUCAUGCGGCCCGUCAGCCUAUGGAUGCCCCCGCAGCCCCUGCAGCCCCUGCCGGAACUGUGUAA